CACAAUGUAACAGCUAUGGUGGGUGCCGGUGUACUAGGCUUACCAUUCGCCAUGUCCCAAAUCGGCUGGGUUCCUGGAACACUGGCUAUAAUAGUUUCAUGGGUGGUGACUUUUUACACAUUGUGGCAAAUGGUUGAAAUGCACGAAAUGGUGCCUGGGAAGCGGUUUGAUCGGUACCCAGAGUUAGGAAAGCAUGCUUUCGGCGAAAAGCUUGGUUAUUGGAUCGUUAUGCCACAGCAAGCCAUUGUUCAAGUGGCCUCAGACAUAGUGUAUAUGGUCACUGGUGGCAAGUCAUUGAAGAAGUGUGCUGAUUUGGUAUGUCCAUGGCUUGGACAACUCAGACAGACUUAUUUUAUCAUGUUUUUCGCAUUCUUACAAUUGCUACUAUCCCAAACCCCAAAUUUUAAUUCCUUGAAAGGUCUUUCCUUGCUUGCUGCAAUCAUGUCCGUCAGUUACUCCAUGAUAGCUUUUGUGGCAUCUAUAAUAAGAGGUAGCCAUCAUCAGUAUGAACAUGUUCGAUACGGAGUUCGAUCACAUACCACUGCAAGUAUAGUGUUCGAUAUAUUCAAUAGCCUUGGAACAGUAGCAUUUGCAUUUGCAGGCCAUAGUGUAGUUCUAGAGAUUCAGGCAACAAUCCCUUCAUCCCAACAAAAACCAUCAAAAACACCCAUGUGGAAAGGAUGCAUCGUCGCAUAUGCCAUUGUGGCCUUAUGUUAUUUCUCAGUUGCGGUCGCUGGCUUCUGGGCUUUCGGUGAUCUUGUGGAGGAUGAUGUUCUUGUCUCGCUUGAGAAACCCCGCUCCAUUAUUGCCAUUGCUAACUUCAUGGUGUUUAUUCAUGUCCUAGGAAGUUACCAGGUUUUUGCGAUGCCUAUGUUUGACAUUAUUGAGUCUAACCUGGUGAAAAAGCUACACUUCACUCCUGGACGACCUCUUCGCCUGAUUGGACGUAGUACAUAUGUUGUUCUCACUGCCUUCGUCGGAAUUUGCCUUCCAUUUUUCGGAGGAUUGCUAGGGUUUUUUGGAGGACUAGCAUUCUCGUCAACCUCUUAUUUUAUCCCUUGCAUUAUGUGGCUCAUCCUUUAUAAACCUAAGAGGUGGAGCUUUCAUUGGACUGCAUCGUGGAUUUCCAUCAUCGUUGGCGUUGUGAUAACAAUCCUUGGACCUAUUGGAGGAGCACGCUCAAUCAUCAUGUCUGCCAAAACCUACAAGCUGUUUUCUUAGUAGUCCUGUUGUUUAUUAUAUAUGUUAGAAUUAUUCACCUUUAGUUUCCAAUAGGAAAAAAAAAAAAAAAAAACCCCAGGUAAUUUGUG